AGGCGAGGAAGGGCAUGAUGGGGCGUUAAGAGGAGCCUCGUCCUGUCCCUGGCCCGGUAUGGCUGGUCUCAUCAAGAAGCAGAUCCUGAAACACCUGUCCAGGUUUACAAAGAACCUCUCCCCUGAUAAAAUCAACUUGAGCACACUCAAAGGGCAGGGACAGCUGACGAACCUGGAAUUGGAUGAAGAAGUUCUGCAGAAUGUACUAGAAUUGCCCACCUGGCUAGCCAUUACACGAGUCUUUUGUAACAAGGCUUCCAUCAGGAUUCAGUGGACAAAACUGAAGACUCACCCAAUCUGUCUGUAUUUGGAUAAAGUUGAAGUGGAGAUGCGAACAUGUGAAGAGCCCCGGCCACCCAAUGGACAGUCUCCCAUUGCACUUGCUUCAGGACAAAGCGAAUAUGGCUUUGCUGAGAAGGUAGUGGAGGGAAUGUUUAUUGUUGUCAACUCAAUUACCAUCAAGAUCCACUCCAAAGCCUUCCAUGCUUCUUUUGAACUGUGGCAGCUUCAAGGAUACAGUGUCAACCCUAACUGGCAGCAAAGUGACCUACGCUUUACCCGUAUCACUGAUUCACAUAGGGGAGAGGUUUUAACCUUUAAAGAACUCACCUGGCAGACACUUCGGAUAGAAGCAGAUGCUACAGAAAAUGGAGAUCAAGAACCUAUUACCACUCCCCUAAGACUUAUUACCAACCAGGGCAGAAUCCAAAUAUCUCUUAAGAGAAAAACGAAAGAUUGCAAUGUGGUGGCAUCCAAACUCAUGUUCCUCCUUGAUGAUCUGCUGUGGGUACUGACUGACUCUCAGUUGAAGGCAAUGAUGAAGUAUGCAGAGUCCUUGAGUGAAGCCAUGGAAAAAUCAGCCCAGCAGAGGAAAAGUAUGGCCCUUGAUCCUGUCCAGAUUACACCUCCUGCGCCAAGUGCUCAACAGUCCUGGUCCCAGACAUUUGGGAGCAGCCACAAAGCGAUCAGCCAGUACUUUGAGAAACAUGACAUGAAAGAGUCUUCCUAUCACCUUCUCAUUUCCCGGCUGGACCUUCACAUCUGUGAUGACAGUCACACUCGAGAGACAGGUGCUUCCAAACAUGGAAUAAUGGGAGGGGCAAUGCAGCUAACUUUUCGGAGGAUGGCCUUUGACUAUUACCCUUUCCACUGGGCAGGAGACAGCUGCAAACACUGGGUGCGGUACUGUGAUGCAAUGGAGACCCGGGAGCAGUGGGCAAAAAAACUGGUGGAUGAAUUUCAAAACAAGAUGGGAAUACAUGAAGAAAUAAGCUCUGCCUUCUCCAAAACUGCAGGGAGGGAAUCUCCUUUCAAAAAGAGACCAGAUUCUCUUUCUAGUUCUCCAAAAAGCUCCCCAGAGAAGGGGAUACCUCAGGUGAACACUCCACCUCCUACCCUGUUUGGACUCCAGCGACCUGCAGGGAAGAGACUCCGAUCCAGUUGUCUGGUUGUCCGAGUUGAUGAUUUGGAUAUUCAUCAGGUUUCCACAGCCGGACAGAAUAGCAAGAAACCCUCAACGUUACUUUCAUGUAGGAGGAAAUCUCUGAAUCUUCCUGAUCAAACUUCAGCCAUUCAUUUGGAGUUCACUGAGUACUACUUCCCAGACAACCCAGAUUUUCCAGUCCCAUGUCCAAACCUGUACCUGCAGCUGAAUGGUUUGAUUUUCACUUUGGACACAGUAAGCAUGCUUUGGGUGAAUUUGUUCUGCCUUGAUCUCCAUCGUAGCCUACAGCAAUUCAAAGCUAUAUACAAGCUGGAGAACUCUGGCAAGCAGAAUGAACACAUUGAUGUCAGACUGGACGGCUUUACGCUGAAGCUAAACAUCCCAGUAGAAAAGAAAGUAAUUGAUCACCGGGACCGUCCCCAGAGUCUGUCAGUUCGCACCUCAGAAAUGACAGUUACCAACACAAGGCAGGGUCCUCAUUGCAGCUGUUUGUCCCUCCAGAAUCUGUUCCGUAGAUUUGCUGCUGCAGAAUUCUUCCACUCUAGCUACACCCAGUUUCCUAAAUUCCAGGACAACUUCAGUCUCCUUCACACCCUCUUCCUACGUCAUGCAUACCAGGUGGAUACCAAAGCCCAGAAACAUACAGACUUUCGCCGUAACCCUGGCAGGUCCUCAGCUUUUGAAGAUCUUUGGUCUGUUAAUUUCACCCAGAUCUCUCUGGACUUUGAGGGGACCAAAAGCUCAAAAGGCAAAACACUGAACUUUAUAUACCCAUUCCCCCUCUGUGUGUGGGUUUGUCUCCCAAAGAGAUGGGAGGAAGCCCAGGCAUCAAUGUUGCGGAUCUCAUCUGCCUCGCUAGGUAAAAUCAAGUCUUCUGCCAGCUUUAGUAACCAUGCCAAUCAUCAGGAUCUUUCCAGAGAGGAGCAGUUCUGCCAAAGAUCAAAAACUGAGCAGGACUUGAAAAACAUCUCCCUCACCCCAGAGACAAAGGAAGUCUUAGAAGAAGGCAACUAUGGUGUUAAUGGUGAAGGAAAUGAUGAAGAUGUGGAAGUUUCUGCUGAUAUUCAUGUUCUUCUGUAUUCAAGUGCACACGUGAAGGUGCGACUCAACCACUACCAGUAUUUAAUGCUACUUCGGAUGAAAGAAGUCCUGCAGACUUUUCAAGAACAAUUGACCCAAGACACUCAAGAAAUGAUUGGGUCCCCUCUAGAUUCCAUUACCACUUGUAUGGGCAUCAUGUUCGACAGCACAGAGGUGGCCUUGCUAAUGCAUCCAGUUUCUGCAUUGGAAACUAGAUCUGUGGACUCGGAUGCUACAAGUCUAAUAGAAUCUGAACUCUCACCUUCAGACAGCAGGGAGGGACUGGCUGCUGAAGGCAGGGAGCUGAACUCAGGUUCUAGCUCAGAGAAGGAAGAUGGCAGCCCUGCAAAAGUACUAGAAGAUAGUGGAAUUGAGAACCCAGAUUUGACUAUGACUGCAUUACGGGAUGGAAUGCUGAAAUCCCCAAGCGAUGCAUCCCUGGCAGAAGAAGGGGUUGAUAGUCAAACCGCUGGGGAAAGAGGCCCUAUAGAAGAAGCACAUGAAGCUGAAGAAAUUCUUGAUGCAGAAAGACAGACUGAGCUUGGCAACCUUUCCCAGACUCCUCAAGUCCUUCCUUCCAGCCCAUCACCCAUUGUAGAUCCCUUAGGUGGUAUGCAGAUCUCCAUUAAUGGGCAAGAAGAGCUGAUCCCUUUGAAAAACAUGGAGAUGGAAUUAUCUAGUGCAUUACAUAUAACAAAGGGUGCCACCAAGGAAGCCUUGCAUGUGACUAUGGACCUCACAAAAGAAGCCAUGUCAAUGACAAAGGAUGCUUUCAGCUUCAGCAGGGAAAAGAUGGCUUCCACAAUGCAGAAAAUGCUGCUUCAUCCCCAAACCAAGGAUCCUGCGCCAAAGGCUGAGGAGGGGGCACUGACUCCAGGGGGAGGUAGUAGUGGACGAAUGCGUUUCUUCACCAUGAAGAGGACCGCCUCCCAACAUUCGUUUGAUACCAGCUCACUAGAUGGCAGUUGUCCUGAAGACAGGCUCUCAGUGGACAGCGAUGGCAGUGAUGGCUUUGUGAUGCUUAUGGACUCUGAGCCAAGUCUGGAUCCUCUUACUCCAGGACACCUUCCCCAGAUCCUUGAUGAUGCAGAUAUCAGAACAAGCCCAGUGGCAGAUGAGGAAAAAGGAUCAACAUAUAUCAACAGCUCAGCGUCUCUGAGUGGACAAGACUCUAGCCAUCAUCUGGCAUCUGUUUUCGUGUUGAAAAUGAAUGAAGUAAACUGUGUGAUACAAACAAAAGGUGAUGAUAUCACACUAGCCCUUCAGGUUAUGGAGCUAACCCCGGAGCACCUGGGAAAUAUAAAUCUGUGGCACUAUCUGCAAAGUGACUCCACAGGAGAUCCAAACUCAGAGCGGCCUGCAAACAUUGAAACUAGCCAGACUCAGCCUGAGGUGUGUUUACGAUAUGAAGUAGGACCCAGCGCUGCAGUGCACUCACCUCUGGCUGUCCAAAAUGGAUUUUUGCACAUGCUUGUUCAUAGCUAUCAUGCGGAGCUGCUGACAUCCUGCCUUUCUAGCAUUGGACCAUUCCUUGAGGAUGAGGUGAUCCCUGAAAUUAUCCCCAUGAAGAUUGAACUUGUGGAUACAAAGAUUACAUUGAAAGAUGACAGUCCUCGAGUGUAUCCUACUUCUCCUGGCCCUAUCCCUAUAGUCUUAGCAGUGGGUCACAUUGUUGUUUGUUGUAAUGACGAUGGAGUUUUCGUUAUAACAGCUGCACAAGGGGAAGGAUCUUCUGUACAGAAGAGUCUUCAGAAACACCUUAAGAAACAAAGGAUCCCAGUAGAAAAAAUAUCUGCAGUUUCAGCAGGACCCAAUGAUGAAGUACAGUUGAAAGAAGUGCCAGCUUUGGAGAGAGAGCUACAGGUCACCAAAAAAGCUCUUGCGGAAGCCAAUCUGGACAAAGUACGCCUACUACAGGAAAUUAGGAAAUAUGAUCCUCUUUUCCAGCUUUGACAGCAGAAGCCUGGGCUACAGAUGCUCAGGGCAAUCAGAGAUCACUACCAGCUUGCUUGUUGCAAAGCAAUUAACUAGGCCAUCUUCAGUCCAGAGCUACUACCUUGAGGAAGAGAAACAGAGUGCCAUUACAGGAGAUGGAAAUGGAGGGGCAUCAGGAGAACACAUGGGAAUAAGAUGAUCAGGAGUGUUGGGUUUUUGCAGCCAAAUACCUGUGUCUAGAUAGCAUGAAACCCAAAGUAUGGCAGCGUCGAUUCUACAAGCUGCAGAGCCAAACAAGAAACUACCCUGUCCAAGUUGUCUCAAAGUGGUGCUGACAAACUGCAAAACUUCCUCACUAUAAACUGCUUCAUUCCUGCUAGAGGUGGCGGGUAGUCUUGGAGGCAUGCUUACUGGGCCUUGUUAGUCAUUGCAAAUAAAUUUCUUGGAACUCUGGUGCUGCAGCAGGAGCCUGAGACGUAGAAGAGUGGGGAUGGGAUGCAGGCCCAGCGCAGGAAAAAAGUUGCUAGGAACAGGAACCAUAAAAUCCAUUACCUACCCUGGUAUGGAGAAAAGAGCAUUGGGUGGCCACAAUUUCCCAUUAAAAGUUUUUUUCUACUCUCCCAAUAAUGCUCUGAUAAUGUUGGAGUCACCAGCCUUCCUGAUGCCUCUUCGUAAGCUCUAUCCAUCUCCACCACCAUUGCCUUGUUGCAGCAUCACAGCCCUUUCUGGGUAUAAGUUAUUGAGAAACCGCCUGUUUGACAAAUGUCCUGUCCUUGUAAGUUAAAUAACAUGUUGGAAACAUUUUCCCCUUUCCAUCACACUACACUGAUAACUUUGGACAGGCCCAGAGGAAGUGAGUUCUGUUAAAUCCGUCUGGGUCAUGCACUAUACUUAGAUGUCCGUUUGGUAAAUGAUGAACCACAAACUGUCUUGCAACAUUCUGUAUUCCAGUUGUAAUUGUUCUAGUGCGUGAUCGUAAAGUUGCUGAAUGCUCAACACUUUUCUCCUGCUUUCACUUUUUUAUGCCAUUUUGUAAUUUUUUGGAUUGAAUGAAACUAAUUCAGCUCUGGAACACACUAGGAGUAGUUUUCUUGGAUGUUUAGAUAAAAGUUGAAAUUGUGUCCAAAAUCAUUUCAGAGGGGUUUUCUUCAAAAAGCAGCUUCAGCCAUUAAGAUGUGAUGAAGUCUACAUAAAGCGAAAUGUUAAAAACGAAAUGGAAAGAAAAUCUUCAUAAAAGUAAUCUAGGGAAUCCAUCACUAAAUACAUUCUGUAGAUUACUCCUCUCCGAUCAAUCAAUUUUAGUUUUGGGCAAGUAAACACAGCCCAACAGUCCACCAGUUGGGCAAAUUACCUAUCCUCACUCUAGCUACAGAUUACAGAAAUUUAGAUGUUUACCAAUCUAUAUGGCAGCCUGGUGCCAUUCAGAUGUUUUGGAUUUCAACUCCCAUCAGCCCCAGCCAGCAUGGUCAGCAGUUAGGAGUCCUGGGAGUUGUCCAAAACAUCUCAGGGACACCAUGUUAAAGAAGGCUGCUGCGUGGCAACACUAUAUUGAACUGUGCCCAGCUGAAUGGAAAGGUAUUUUGUUUAUAACGACCCUGUAAAUUGAAAACUCAGGGAAUAAACAAAUCCAGUGAAUCCCAUCUAACAACACUUGUUCUAUUUUAGUUUGCUUGUUUUAUUCUUAUGGUUGAUAACAUCCAUUGUGUUUUGCUUAUAGUUUUAAAAAGCUAGUUUCAAGAACUGACCGAGAAGAUUCUGACUGAUUCUACCCUUAAAGGUAGCCUAAAACCAUUUAAAUAAAUAAUAAACAACCUACAGCAUCUAACUGCAAUAGGAAUCUUCUAUGGAUAUUAAUUAAUUUCAGCUUUCUACAGGUUAGUUUUGUCCACAUAUGUAGUACAUUAAUGCACUGUAUUAAUGUUCUAUGGUUGCAAAUCAAAUUAAUAACUCAAAUAUGCACCACAUACUAGCAACAAGAAGGGGGAUAGCAAUUCUUCCCGAACCAUAUAGAUCUAGGUGCAUAUUGGAGGGCUGAAUUUGUCUUUGUGAAAAUAAUUAGGCUGAUUUAUACUUCCUUAUCCUGAGUUCCAAUACUUCUUUUUCCACUAAAAAGAAAAUGUAGGUAUUAGGUGUGAUGGUGAUGUCCCAUAAUUUUUUAAAAUGUGAAAUUUAAAAUAUUAAAAUUUGAGUGAUCAGGAUCAUGCUUCAUUAAGGCAUGCAUAGAUAUGGAUACUAAAAAGUUUAUAUGGAUCAAGGUCUGGAGGAUAAGGAAAAUCAGUAUACUUGAGGUAUUUUUUGUUUUUAGAUCAAGCACUUUGUAUUAAGUAGGAAAGUAUCUACUACUGCAUAUUACUCAGACUAGGCAAUGUGUCAAAAUAUAUUUUAAAAAGUAGUUAUGAGCAUAGCACAAAAAGCCGAGUUAGCCAUGCUGGCCACAAGAAGGAAAAAUAAACGUAUGUAUUAGAGCAAAAACUUUAUACAAAAUAAUAUAAAUGGUUUUGAGUUCUCCAGAACUCUUCAUCAAAGCAAAAGUGAGGAGAGGGGAAGAAAAAAGCUGGCUGGUAUUGAAGCCAUGGAGUCUGCAUUUAGUCAUGGGCUUAAAAUGUAAUGAGGGAGGAAGUUGCAGACAUUUAUGGCAGUUUUUUUUUUUAAAGAAUAUUUUAAAUCAACACAACGGAAGUAUUACCAUAAAUAGUCUGGGUAAACAGUUGUUGUGUAAUGUCCCUUUAAAAUUAUAGAUAGUAUUAAUGUGUUGCUCAUAACAAAAUAGACCGUGCUGAGGGUAAUAGGCUGUAUCCUAAUGAGCAGCUAUUUUGCUUUAAAUUAGUCAAACCUUUCGAUUGAUAAUAAAAUGCCAGAAUUGGAUAGUAUGUUAUAGCUAUUUUUUGUCUAUUACUUGUUACACAGUUCGCAGAUGUAGGUAAUGCCAGCCCUUAGCUAUAGUUGUAGAAUGCAUUUUUUCUGUCUUGACAUCUGCUUGUCUAGCUUGAUCUGACUGCCUUGGAGCAGUUGCUGUGUGACCUUCACUAUGUGAAUCAGAGCAGCUUAAAACAUUUUUUUUCUGAAGGAGGGGAAAAAACUGUCUUCAGCUGUCUCAGAUAAUUUGCUAGCCCUUGAGGCUAGUACAGGACUGUUGAACUCUAGAAAGCUUUGCAGCUGUGCUGUGGUACUGUCAGUUUCAUUAAUUUAGCAGUGGUGAUUUCUGCAUAUCUGAUUGCAUGUGUUAUAGCUUCUGUUUGUUCAUUUUCUCUGCAAUGAACUGUUGUUGCUUCUGCCUUUUUCUUAGGGCAUCCCUUUUGCAGCAUCCUGCUCAAACCCAGGCCAUGCUCUGGAGUAAACAGGAUUCCCUCUCUCCAUAUUGGAAAAUGCCCCAGUGGGGUUGCCCUUCCUUAAUGCAGUGGCAGGAAAGACUCUUUUAUCAAAAGAGUAAUGUGUUUUACAGUUCACACUUAUGUAUAGAACCACUCUUGCCUAAUGGAUAGAAUGGGGUUUUUGAAACUUUACCUUUAUGGGACUGAUGGUGCUGUUACUAUAUGAAAUAGUACUCAGAUGAUCCAUCUUAGGGGCUUUAUGUGAACUUGAGAGGUGCUAGUUGUUGAAGAGUUCUAUAUGAAGGUAGAGAUUUCCUUUUCCUACCUGCAACUGCUGAUCAACUACCCAAAGAUAUUGAGCUUUCAUUUAAACAACUCUGUAUGUGCCUACUUUCUCCUUUUUGGGUGAGACAAGAUGGUCGUAGUCACAUAUAUGGGUAUAUUCUAUAGACUCCCAUUGCUUUCUAUUCACUCAAAUGCUGAAAACUUCAUUUUUCUACUGUUUGUUGCAAAAUGCAGCAUGUUACAGAUGUGAAAAGACUGGUGUACAAGAACUGUAUGCAGUAUUUAAAUACCCUGUGAAGCCUCUGCAUUUUUGUACUGCUGAGAAUUAUUUUCUGGCAAUUUCCAAUACUAUUUACUGGGCUUAAAAUAAGGCAAAAUGUAGAUAAGAUACCCUUCGCCUUCCAGUGUAUGGUGUGGCUUGUUUGGUUUUAAUUAAAGAGGCCUUUCUUUAUCAGACUGUUGUGGUGUGGACAAUCCAGAUGCUUCCCCUCUGCUGAAGACUGUUAUUCCACUAAGAGUACAGCUGGAGUAAGGAGGAAAUCCACUAAAGCUGAUAUGAAUAUGUUUGACUACUAAAUUACAUUAGUGUGGUUCUGUUCUUAAAUAUCUCUCCCCUCUGCCUUUUAGUACUAUAUUUACAUGUAAAAAAAGAGAGAGCAAAACCUUAUUCCUUAUUUAUUGUAAAGUUCUCUUGAUUUCUUAUGGCUCCUUUUAUAACCAACUAGGAAUGCUAGGAGUAUAGGAAGGGUAUUGGGUAUAAAGUAUGACUUGAAUUUAAGCCUUCAACAGUAUUGGAUUCUUUUUGUUGCAGUAUAUUAUCUCCACCUAUGAUUGUAUGGGUUCUGUGAACCACUUUUAAAAGUUAUAAAUUAAACUGAUUAAUCUCU